GUGGAACACCAGUAUACCCAUAAGUUCAAAGUGACUGUGGUACGAGCUGAGAAGGUGACCAAGGGUUCUACCCUGGGAGACUUUUGUGAGUUCCUCCAUCUGUCCAAGUUAACUCACUGUGUCCACAUUACAGUAUUGUUGUGUGUGUGUGUGUACGUAUGUUUGAGAGAGAUGAGGUGAUGCACAUAGAAGUGGUGUUGCUUUUUCAGUGCCUGUGGUUUUUCUCAUGUUUAAUCACACUGUCUGUCUGUCUGUGUCGUUCUGUCUGUAUUUCUAAGAGCAGUGGACACUCCAGACCCCUACGUGGAGUUGUUCAUCCCAACGACUCCCGAGUCAAGAAAACGGACGCGGCACAUUGACAAUGACGUAAACCCCAUAUGGAACGAGACCUUUGAGUUCAUACUGGACCCCAAUCAGGAAAAUACUCUAGAGGUUAACACAUUGCACUAUACUUUGAACUGAGCUACAUUACACUACAUAACACUACAUUACACUACAUAACAAUACAUAACACUACAUUACACUACCUAACACUACAUUGCACUACAUUACACUACAUUACACUACAUAACACUGCAUUACACUACAUAACACUACAUUACAAUACAUAACGCAGCAAGCUAUGGCUAGACACCAUCAAGCAUGAUGCAUUCUGUCUUAGCAAUAAGAUAGUAAUUUCAGUUAUUUUUAAGUAGGCAUCAAUACUUUUGCUUUCAAGAAACCCUAUGUUGGGGACCAUCUAUCAAGAUAAAUAUAAUUUUUUGUAUUUCAUGGUUUGUGAAUUUGCUAUUUCAGUUGACAUUGAUGGAUGCUAACUAUGUCAUGGAUGAGACCCUGGGAACGGCCUCGUUCUCCAUCGCUAAACUCAAAGUGGGACAACCAGAAGUGGUUCCCUUCCUCAUCGGCAAG